AUGAGCAUCCCAAACUUUCAGAAUCGCCAACGGUCAAACGCCAAGUUUGAGCCUUUUCAUUCACCGUGCCAACGCCAACUAGUCUCCCUUGCAAGAGCCAUGCUCACCCCGUCUAACAUUUUGGUUUUGGACGAAGCCACUGCCGCGGUGGACGUCCAGACUGAUGCGCUGCUGCAGAACACGCUGAGGGGACCGUUGUUUGCGAACAGGACGAUUAUCACUGUGGCGCACAGGAUUAAUACUAUUUUGGAUAGUGAUAGAGUCGUGGUGUUGGAGAGGGGGGAGGUGGUGGAGUUUGAUACGCCCGAGAAGUUGAUGGAGAAGAGGGGGGUGUUUUAUGGGUUGGUUAGGGAGGCGGGGUUGGCGGAGGAGUAA